AUGGCACAAGACAACGCCACGCCGGUAGAUCCCUACUUGGUACAAUUUGCACCAGACGACAAGGAAAAUCCAAAGAACUGGAGCAGACGGAAACGUUGGUACCUGACAUAUUUUGCGGGGUUAUUGGGAUUUAAUGCCACGUUUGCUUCCUCUGCCCCUUCUGGCAUUGCUACCCAACUUAUGGCUCAGUUCAAGCUCUCUGAAGAGGUAGCUGCAUUGACGAUUUCAGUUUUUGUGGCCGGGUAUUGCGUUGGACCCCUUUUCUGGGGCCCACUAUCGGAGCAGUAUGGCAGAAGGUUGAUAUUCCUUGUCACGUUUCCGGUAUACGCUUGUUUCCAAGUUGGUUGUGCACUAUCGAAGAACACGGCAUCCAUUAUUAUAUUCCGUCUGCUCGGCGGUCUGUUCGCUGCCGCGCCGUUGACCAACAGCGGUGCGCUGAUAUCGGACAUCUGGGACGCGAAAACUCGAGGAAAAGCGUUGGCUCUAUUCACUCUUGCACCUUUUGUUGGACCAGCCUUUGGACCACUAGUUGGGGGCUACAUUGCACAGUCUGGGACCCCAUGGCCAUGGUUGUUCUGGGUUCUCACCGCAUUCGCUACAGUGUGUUUUGUGUUCAUCUACUUCACUCUACCAGAGACAUAUGCUCCCAUUGUCCUUCUGCACAAAGCGGAACAGCUUCGUUUGAAAACGGGGGAUCACCGAUAUCAUGCUCCUCUGGAGCUAGUCCAAGCAAAGCAGCUACACAAGCGACUUGAAGAGAGCCUCACCAGGCCUUUUAAAAUUCUUAUUUGCGAACCAAUGCUCAUCGCAGUCACUGCUUACAUGAGCUUCGUCUAUGGAUGUGUAUACCUGCUGUUCGAAGCAUAUCCUGUAGUGUUCACGGUGGGACACGGCUUUCAGCCAGGGGUGUUGGGGUUGACUUACCUACCUCUGGUCGCGGGCAGCAUAACGGGCGUUUUUGGAUAUCUCUUGAUAUUUCACCCUCAGUACGAGGCAGCAAUGGAUAAGCACAAAGCAGGACUGGUUUCUCCAGAGAUACGUCUUAAUCUGGCUAUGUCUGGGGCGCCCCUAUUCGCCAUCACCUUCUUUUGGUUCGGAUGGACAUCUUAUCCAUCCAUUUCAUACUGGGCACCAAUGAUGGCAGGUGCUUUAAUGGGACUCUCUUCAAUUUGGAUCUUCCUUGCAUUAUUCAACUAUAUCAUCGACGUCUAUCUUAUUGCCGCUGCAUCUGCCCUUGCUGCGAACACUGUUUUUAGAAGUGCUGCAGGCGCAGUGUUUCCUCUAUUUGCGUCACAGAUGUACACUGCCCUUGAUCCACGAUGGGCUUCAACUUUACUUGGCUGUAUUGCCUGCUUGAUGAUUCCCAUCCCUAUCGUGCUGAAACGCUAUGGUCCGAUGUUACGUGCCAGGUCUCGGUUUGCACCUGCGCUUGUUUAA